AGAAAUGGCCGGUGUGUCUUUCACUCUAUAUUUCAUGCACCAGUAUCAUUCCAUUCAUAUUUUUUAAUAUCGAAAAUUGUAAAUAGUAUUAACAUUCCCUUUAAUCUGGAGCAGCUGUGGGUGUCUACAGCAUGAGUGGGGACACGCGUCUGUCCUUGUGCUCAGGUAAACGGGGGUGGGGGCUGUUGGGGAAUGACGUCACUGGAGUACCCAGCACGAGGUGCACGUAACGGUUACAAACCGAAUUAAAACGGUACUUUAACUGUCGUCUACCCUUCUUUUCUCCUGUUGUUUAUUUCACGACGUGGUUACACAGUAAACGCGUUCAGUGAAGAAGCGUCUCUUCAUUAGUGCAGCUGUGUCGGUCACGCGCGCUCACGUGUGCAGACGCACGUCCGUUGGUUCGUUGCUCCAGAAUCAUGAGAAGGAGCAUCAGCGAAGGAAGUGGAGGAAACGUCUGACAGGAGCUACGGACUUGGACGCUGGUCUCCUUCAGUCACGUCUUGUCUGGACUUGGAGGAGCAAAGGAUGGAGCAGCAGCAGUAAGCGGAGACAGGGGAGGAGGAGGAGGAGGCAAGGUGUCACCGAGAAGUCCGGAGUAGAUGAUGUUCGUUUGCCGCAGGCCCCACCAUCGUGAAAUCGGAUACGGAGCUGCAGCGGAUGGGGUGACCGAGCUUGCUGCUCCGCCGGGGAGGUCGCUGCCUUCGAACGGUACUGGGAUGGAAGCCGCCUGCUUCUAAGGAAGGGAAGGAAGGAGUGGCAAGAGGAGAAAAUGCAGACGGAGGAGGAGACGGCCGCCGCACAAGAGCCCAUUUUGGAGGAAGGGUCAGGGCGAGAGCAGCAACGGCCAGUUCAACAGUCUCUGGCCUCCUCCCUGUGUCGGGAGUCCCAUUGGAAGUGCCUCCUCUUGACCCUCCUCAUGUACGGCUGCUUUGCCACACUCAUCUGGUGUGCUCUCUGUCGGGUACCUGUUCUCGGCUCCGCCUCUAUACCUCUUGGUGCCGAUGACGAUGCGACCUCAGCGGCCUACUACAAUGACAUUCUGCAUUUGGAAAGUCCCUGCUCCAGUGGUUAUGUCUACAUCCCCCUGGCCUUCCUGGCCAUGCUUUAUGUGGUUUACCUGGUGGAAUGCUGGCACUGCUUUUCCAAGACAGCCAUGUUGGCUAAUGCUGAAUUUCAGGAAGUGUAUGAGCGUGUGCAGAGACUUCAGCAGGCCACACCCUGUAUUUGGUGGAAGGCCAUCAGCUACCACUAUGUGAGAAGAACCAGGCAGGUGACGAGAUACCGCAACGGAGAUGCGUACACAACCACACAGGUCUACCAUGAACGCGUAAACACUCACGCUUCCAGUUCGGAAUUUGACUACGCCCGUUACGGUGUGAAAGACGUGUCAAAGGAGCUGCUGGACCUGCAGCUUCACCCUGCUGUACGCCUCCGCUUCACAAAAUGUUUCAGCUUCUCCAGUGCCCGUGCAGAAGCUGCCUACCUCACACAGCGAGCUCGGUUCUUUGGAGAGAACGAGGGUCUUGAUGACUAUAUGGAGGCCAGAGAGGGAAUGCACCUUAAGAAUGUGGAUUUCCGUGAACAUAUCCUGGCAUUCCCUGAUCCUGCUCAUCAGCCUUGGUUCUUCUGGUUAGCCUCUGCAUUCCUUUUGUCUUGGCCCCUGCGUGUGGUGUCAGAAUUCCGCACAGCAUACGUCCACUACCAUGUGGAGAAGCUAUUCGGGGAGGAUGAGGACGCAGUCCUGGGAGGAGGUGGCGGAGGACCAGGUGGAGGUGGAAGAGGAGAUGGAACCGAAGGAGGCACUGAGAAUGGAAUCCACCCCGGAGGGAUUGCCAUUGGAAUUGGCCUGAACGGGAACAGCUACAGAGCCAUUUCUCGGGUCAACACGGUGGAUAUGACGGAGCUGGAGUGGCACAUCCGCUGUAACCAACAGAUGGUCCCCAGCUACUCUGAAGCCUUGCUCAUGGACUUGGAUUUAAGUGGGGGGACAAACCCCACUACCUCUACACCCAUCUCUGGGCCUCCGGGUAACACCCCUAACCAGGUGACCAACCCGCCUCCUUUUGCUCUUCCUGUGGUAUUUAACUCAGCUUACCUCCUUCAGAGCUGUCCUCGAUGCAGGAGGACAACAUCCAGCUCCAGUCUCCCCUCCAGACUCAGAGCCCCUAUGGGAACCACAGCCCUCUUAAAUGCUACUGUGGCAGGUAUUAGGGCAGCAGGACCUGCAGGUGGAGGCAUCGGAGGGAGGCUGGUGCUCAGUCGAAGUGGAUUUUCACUUGGUAGACUCGGAGGAGGACGUCAGAACAGCCUGUUUCAUUCAAGAAGCAUCGGAGGAGGCCUGGGGGGGAGCAGGGAAGACGGAGGAGGAAGUGCAGCAGGAGGGGGAGGAAGUGGAAGCAGCAGUGUUGGAGGAGGUGGAGGAUUCCUGGGGCUAGGUUCAAGGCAGGACAACGAGGAGACAAGAGGAGUGUUAGAAGGUGAAGGGGAAGAAGAAGAGGAGGAGGAGGAGCACGAAGAGGAGGUGAGGAGGGAGGAGGGAGGUAGAGGAGGCAGGGAGAGUGAUGAAGCCACAGAACAGGAAAACAGAGCAAGAGGUGAGGAGAGGGAAGGAGGGAGGGAACGUCCCCCAUCCUACGAGGACGCAUUUUUCUUCCCUGUUCUUAUCAUACACGGAGACGAGAGCUGCCAUGCUGGAGACGACAUGUGAGGAGUAAGAACAAUUCACACGCUUAGAUGCAGAAAGUAUGGACGGAGAUGGUGACUGAGCAGGAGAGAAAAGUGGGCCAGGCAAGUGAGGCAGUGGAGGGACAUAAGAUGUGCUGAAGAACAAAUGAAAUGUGAAGUGACUGUUGUUGAAAGAGAGGAGCAGCAGCACGACAGGACAUGGAAACAGAGAAAAUGAGGUUCGAACAGCUUUGUAAUGGCUACAAAUGGAAAGGCAAGAAGGAGAAAUCAGUUAGAGCAGGACGGAGAACUUGAAUGUAAUUUAGGGAAGGAGGUAGAGGAGCAGGUAGUCGGCUACAGGGGAUUUAAAUAAAAUGAAAAUGGAAGGUGGAAGCUGAGGAACUUGAGAGUGCAGCAACAUGAUAAGAUGAAGUCUAAGAAAAUGAAGGAGUGCAGGAGGUACACAUUCUGAGUUGCCAACUUCUGCUAACAUGGAUUUUGUGUGAGAAGGAAUUAUAAAUCAGGAGUUUGGAGAAAAAUGGAAUGACCUUAAAUAAGUUUAAUCCAGAUCUAUCUAUGCAAGACAGGAGUGGGAGGAGGAACUUAAGUUAGUAACUGGAGGGACGCGGCUAACAUCCAAACUGGAGGAGCAGUUUACGUUAGGCCUAAGAUAUUGGGAAAAUCCAUUUUCAGAAGAAUUGGUACACUUAGAGCAAUAAAAAAUUGGUAAUGUACUUGAACCUUCACAUAUCAAGCACAAGAACAACAUGCGUUUGCCUGAACAUGUUAUACUAGUUGGUCAUCACAAGAUGCUCUGAACAAAGGUACAUUUACUUUCCAUUAAAUUGAACCUGUUUCACAAAUUGGGAAUUUGUCCCACAUAUUGGGCCACAACCUUCAGUCAAUGCUUCUAUACACUCAUUACUGAACCUGCUAAUCACUUACCUGCUAAUUAAACCCAGAGAAUGUGCACAGGUUUUAGUCCUACAUUGCCUCACUGUCAAAUCUUCUAAUAAUGUUUUCAUCUUCAAGUCAGUAAACAGGUUAAUAUUUAAUAAAUACAUUUAAAUUCUUCCUCAAAAACACAAAACAUGUUGUUGUUUUGCUUGUUAUCAAGGUAAAAGUCAAUUAUAACCAAUGUCAUUUUUGUACUGUCACGAAGUGUACCAAUUUUUUAGGACAUGAGAUUUGUUAAUCUAAAAUUUAAAAUCUGAAUAUAGACUAAUACACAGGGACUCAACAUGUACUAAAUACUACAAAUGAUGGAGCUGAGGUGAGAUUAUGUGGAUCAGGGGCUGUCAGACUAUUUCAUUUUUUUAAUCUGAUAAGUCACAGGGUACCUGUGGAUUAAUCACAGUCAAUCAUGAUUAAUUGAGAUCGAUGGUGUAUCUCUGUAUAUUGUUGGAAGAGCAGCUAGAUAUGUUCACGCAUUGUGUUUUGUGAUGAAUCCAAAUGAUGUAAUUAGUAUUAUUGAAAAUGUCCGAACAAAACAAAAACCAAGCUCCAGAUUUUGCUUUGUAAUGUUGGUUGGGCUAACACUAUAACAGUGUAACGUUGGGGUUAAGUCUAUACCUUAGAUUCUGUUUGAUAGCUUUAGGUGACAAUUAAUACAAAACAGAAUGCUUAAAAAUAUUGGUAUUGGAAGACAAAUGUAAGGUUUUAGGAAGUUGAAGCACUUCUGCUUAUUAUUGUCUCCAUGACACCAGACACCUGACGAGCCUAGAUAACAUUUUUAGUUCCAGUCAAUGAGGGAAAAACAAUUGAUUUCCUUCACUUUUUCAGGCAGUCACACUCUUCACCAUUAGCUUCCCCAUUACUCCAUGUCCAUUACUGAUGUGCAGCGGAUAGAAACAUUUCAUAGAAAAAAGGGAGUGACUAUUCACCACCCCCUCAGCCUCUGCCACCUCCUCUCCCCUCUGCUCAGGUUUGCAUCUGCACUCUGCCUUUUCAUUCAUCACCUCUGUCUUCACCUCACCUGACUUAAACGCACACAAGUGUGAUUAUCAUUAAUACAUCACCUCCUUAUUCCAACCCCCCCCCCAAAAAAACAAAAAAACAACCGUCGCAUCUGGAAAUGGUGGUUUGCUUGUUCAGUUAGGAUGUUACUGGCCUCUGGUUCUAAAACAGUCACUGCUUUUGUUGUGAUCCUCCUCUCAGCUUUUCCUUCCAUCACCUUCAGCUCAUCUCAUCGCUCUCUUUAAAGCAGUGGAUAUGUGAUACACCUCUCACAGCUGCUGGAGAUACAGCGAUCAGGUUUCAUUCUCUCCUCUCAUACUUCCCACUCAUGCAGUUUGACAUUUUUCCUCAAAUGGAGAUGGGUAAUGUUUACCCAUGUUACAUAGGAGCAGACCACUGAAUGCUAGAAGACAAGACUUUGAGCAGAGGUUGCCUCAAAAAGGGAUGUGACUUCCGCACACACGAGUGAAAAUGUUAUAAUCUCACCAGUUAUGCCUGCUUAGAUUGAAUCUAGUUUUGUUCCCCACGUUUGUAUUUAAAGAUGGGCCUGUGCAUUAUGGAGAGAAAAAAGAAAAAAACAGAACACAGUAUGUGUUUAGACUUUAUCCCAUUUACAUCCACAGUGUUGGAUUGCAUGGAGUAUAAGGUGAUAUAGCUGGAUAGUUCAUCCAAAAAGUGCAUACUUCUAAUUUAUUGGUAUGAUUUAAAGUAUUAAAGUAAAAAUAAAAUAAUUACAGAAAUAAUUACAAUGAUCAAUUCGACCCGGCCAUUUGAUUGUGCCACGCUACUGCUACCUCCUCCUCCUGCUCCUCUGAAUCAUCUGCAGCUGAAACAUACAGUAGCCUCACUGUGGAAUGUGUAUCUGGCCUAGAGAUGCAUGUAACUUAAUAAUAGCUAUUAAGCAGAUCCUACUAAUAGCUGUACGGCAAAAUGCAGUGCCAAAAACCAGUGAUCCGUGCUCGGUCGACACAAAUUCAGAUAUUCUAGCCUCAUCCAGACAACGGCGUUGACAAUAACUGGUAAGGAUGAAGUCACUGUCCUGCUUCCUCAGUGGGUGUGGUUUUAUUCAAAGUCAGACAAAGGAGAAGAGACUGGCACAAGUGUAACAACAACAAACAAUCAGUGCUGUGGACGUUUGACUUCACAAAGCACAUCAAAUCAGUCCUGAACCGUCAUGGCACAGCAGCCUUCACGAUGAGAUGAUGAAGAGUCUCUGGCUGUGUCUUUCUGCUAACUUUGGACACAGGAAAAAAAAGCACAUUGAAGGAGUGAGGUUGGAGUUCAAUGGGUCACAGGGACAGCGGACACACUCACAAAUACACUACGUUACAAAAAACAUCUGACCUGGAUUCAGGCGUGGCAGCAGGGAAAGUCCUUGCAGUGAAACUUUGUGCACAGGAAAAAGUAGAGCAGGAGUACUGACCCAGUUUGGUCCACAGGAUGCACACAUUAUGGUGUACGAUGAUUCUGGCUGAAGAACCAAGAUGGAGCUGAACUGGGCACAAUGGACAACAACGUAUGUUAACAGAGACUGUUAGUGGAGGGACAAAGAAAAUAAUCAAUCGAAAACAAAAAGCGCGUGAAAACGAGUGUAAAUGUGAGAUUAAGAGACAAUUAUUUUUACACCUGUCAAUCAUCAUCUCACACUCUUUACUGGAUUAUUGUCCUUUAAAUAAAAAGCACUACAAAGCAAUGAACACACAUUUCAUGUUAUUAUUUUGUUUUUGUCACAGGUGAUUGUAACAUUAAGGCUAACAGGAACCGGUAGGUUUGUAUCUAUAGUUCGUAGGCAAACGUAAGUCUGUAAUUUGCUACUUUUCUAUCAUCUCUACAUUUAGGUAGACAUGACUUCAGGUUGUUGAUUAGAUUUCUGAAAAUGUAAAUGCUUUUGUUAAGCUUCAGAAUCUUUUCAUUGUCAAUAAUUAAUUUUUACAUUAUCAUAUUUGUAAAUCAAAUCAUUCCUUUGACUUUCCAGUGGGGCUACAAGAAGAACAACAAGAAGCCUCUAGUUCAUUUUUUUAAACGCAUUAUUUUGACAUGAAAUGAUUUCUUUAAUUUAAAGUUAGCUGAUUUAUUUCAUUGUAUGUAUUGUAAGUGGAUAUUUAAGCAGUGUUUUUAUUAUCUCGGAGUGUGUCACAGAAGUGUGUCCUCAGCCGCUUACGGUGUGCCAAGGGAACUUUGUGCCCAUGAUGUCUUACACAAACACAUGUUCAUGUGCACUUGCAUGUCUAGUCACAGCAGCCGUUGUAACAGACUAGAAGGAUUGCUGAUCCACACACAGAAAGUAUGAAUUUACCCACCACGAUUUUGCCUUUGCAUACAGUGUUGCCAGCUUUGUUUUUGGCUCAGGAUUUCAUUUGAUGCUGCAUUUCUGUGUCAACACAAGCUGUUUUGUGUAGCCAUCCAUUGAUAUGCCAAAGGGGGAAAAAAAAAUCAAUAAUAUUAAUAUAAAUAACACGAGAGCAGGUGAAACUACAGUGCACAAAAGUAUGUAAACGAAUGUGUUACUGCAUCAAUAAUCUAUAUCAGUGAUACAAAGGUUGUGUGUGGUAGUCAUCUUUUCCCUAAAUCAUAGAAAACUUAUUUUUUACAUUGACUAGGUUCCAGUUUGAGUAAAUCUCCUCAGAUUCUAUAUAAAGUUGUAUUUAGGGAUUUUGUCCACUGGGUGGCACAAAAGCUACGUAGAUUGUAAACAUGCAGCUGUUUGGCAGUCAAUUCAGAGGAUGAAGACAGUGAAUGAAAAUAUGUUUCAUUUCUGUUCACAGUCAGUGCUGUCAACACUUUGUUUUGUAUUUUGAAAAAUCAUCAUUGCUGUGACAACACCAUAUAAUUCAUCAGCGUGGUGUCAUGUGAUGUGAUUGUGCUUCUUUUCUUCCUUGGAAUCCUCCACUGAUCUGAAUAUUUUCUGUUAAUCAGGACUGAAUGUGCCACAAAGCCAUAUUGCUCAUUUCCCUGCUCCCUGGCUGGAAUUGUACAUAUGUUGCUAAGCAGCUUCCUAAACUUGUAUCCAAAUGCAAUGGGAGUUUCACUCAUUCAAAAUCAAAUCACUGAUGUAAAGACAAAAGAAAAUUUACAUUUCUGGUCUAACCUCCAUUUCUACUGCAUUGCUCAUAGUCUGUCCUUGUUGCUCUAUAUGACACAAAACUGCAAAUAAAUUAAAGAUGAAG